GUCCGCGACGCCGUCCGCGACGGAGGCCAGGAUCAUGGCGGCGACGGAGUGGAUCGCCGCCAUCGACAAGAGGCCGGGCGACCGCAGUCGCCGCGACGCCGACCUGAUCGCCCACCGCCUGCGGCGCGUCGAGGCGCUGGACCGCCUGCCCAGCAGCAUCCUGCACCAGCUGGCCCUCGUCGGCUACUACGAGGACCUGGAGAAGGGCGUCACCCUGUUCCGGCAGGGCGACCCCGGCUCGUCCUGGUACGCCGUGCUGGCCGGCUCCGUGGAGGUGCGCUACGAGGGCGGCGCGGACCCCCAGAACGCCAUCAGCCUGUGCUCGCUGGGGGUGGGCUCCACCUUCGGGGAGUCCAUCCUCAACCCGCUGUGCCGCGACACCACCGUCGUCACCAGGACUACGUGCGAGCUGCUCCGGGUGGAGCGGAGGGACUUCAAGGCCAUCUGGGAGAAAAACAAGGAGCUCAUGGACCAAUUUGUUAGCAGCUGCAAAAUUAAUAAUAAGAAUGGCUUCACGGCGGCGGGCACGGACGCGGGGGCGCCCGACACGCCCACCUCGCCGUCCAGCACCCCGAUGGCCAGCAGAAGGUCGGCCAGCCCGGAGCCCCCGGACCCCGCCAAGCCCAUCACCGACGCCCCCGGUGCCCAGGCCGUGCGCAUCGGCUUCGUGCUCCGCCACCUGCUGGCGGCCGGCUUCGCCCCCGAGUCGCUGCGCGGCGCGCUCACCAUCGACGGCCAGCUCAUCUUCGCGCGCGGCCGGCGCGCCUGGACGGGCUCCGACCUCGUGGACUGGCUCAUCGAGGUCUCCGGCGGGCUGGUGCGCUCGCGCCAGCAGGCCUGCGCCAUGUGGCAGUGCCUGCUCGAGGAGGGCGUCAUCCUGCACGUGGCGGGCGAGCUGCCCUUCCUCGACACGGAGGCCUUCUACCGCUUCUUCAUGGACAAGCCGCCGGGGGACGCGCUGCCCACGGCGGAGGAGUUCGAGGCCGCCGAGGACGACCUGCACGACGCCAUCGACGUGAUGAACAAGCGCGCGCCGCACGCCACGCUCAGAUACAUCCUGAGGAAGUCGCCGCACGAGCGCACCGAGGACGACCUGGAGAUGGUGUACGACGAGCUGAUGCGCAUCCGGGCGCUCAGCCACCUCGGCAACUCGGUGCGGCGGGAGCUGGCCCACGUCAUCGUGUUCGAGUCCCACCCCAAGGCGGGGGAAGUCCUGUUCCAGCAGGGCGACGAGGGCCAUAGCUGGUACAUCAUCCUGCGCGGCUCGGUGGACGUGGUGAUCCACGGCAAGGGCGUGGUCACGUCGCUGUCCGAGGGCGACGACUUCGGCAAGCUGGCCCUCAUCAACGACGCGCCCCGCGCCGCGUCCAUCGUGCUGCGCGAGCCCAACUGCCACUUCCUGCGCGUGGACAAGGACCACUUCAACCGCAUCCUGCGCGACGUGGAGGCCAACACCGUGCGCCUCAAGGAGCACGGCCAGGACGUGCUCAUCCUGGAGAAGAUCUCCAACACCCACUCUCACUUCAAGUACACCGUGAUGGCCGGCACGUCGCAGAAGAUGCUGGAGCACCUGCUGGAGACCCGGCUGGUCGGCUCCGGCGGCCAGGAGGCGCUGUACGGCGACCCCUUCCUGGAGGACUUCCUGCUCACGCACAUCGUGUUCAUGCCCAUGCAGACGCUCGUGUCGGAGCUGGCGCGGCACUACCGCAUCGAGCCCAGCCCCACGCAGGAGCAGGACUUCCUGCUGGCCUGCAAGCGGCGCGUCGUGCAGUUCGUCAACUGCUGGGUGCACACCGUCCGCCACCCCGUGUUCGACGACCCGCACUCCCUCGCCUUCCUGGAGGAGCUGGCCAGCGAGGUGGAGCAGGACGCCAUGACGCACCCCAGCCUGCAGGAGGAGGCGGCGCUCAUGCACCACGUCAUGUCCCAGCUGCGGCGCUACCAGGAGGACCGCGCCGCCGCGUCGGGGCAGAAGUGGAAGCUGCCGCCGUGCGGCCAGCCCGUGGCGCCCUUCUCCAACGCCGCCAACACGAGGGGCCGCGCCGUCAUCCGGCCCACGGACGACAUCAUCUUCCGCGUGUACUGCGCCGACCACACGUACUGCACGCUGCGCUGCCCUGUGUCUUCCACCGCCGAGCACAUCAAGCUGUCGGCCGCGGACAAGCUCAAGCUGGGCCCCACCGAGGACCUGGUGCUCGUGGAGGUGCGCUCGUCCGGGGAGCGUAUCGUGAUUCCCGACAACGACCUGUCCGUGCCCACCGGCCUCGGCGGCCUCAACGCGCGCCUCUUCGUGGCGCCGCGCGAGCACAUCGACGCCCUGACGCCCUUGCCGGAGCAGGAGGGCGCCACGGAGGCGAUCGAGAUCGACCUGGAGCUGUUCAGCAUGAAGGAACUGGCCUACCACAUGACGCUGUUCGACUGGGACCUGUUCUGGAGUGUUCACGAGUACGAGUUGCUGUACAAGACCUUCGGCAGGCAGAGCUUCAACCAGAUCACGGCCAACUUGGAUGUGUUCCUGCGGCGUUUCAAUGAGAUCCAGUACUGGGUCAUCACCGAAGUGUGCCUGGCGACCCAGCUGUCCAAGCGGGUGUCCGUGCUCAGGAAGAUGAUCAAGCUGGCUCAGUACUGCCGCGACUACAAGAACCUGAACGCGCUGUUCGCCAUCGUGAUGGGCCUCGGCAACGUGGCGGUGUCACGGCUGUCCCUCACGUGGGAGAAGCUGCCCUCCAAGUCGCGCAAGCUGUUCACCGAGCUGGAGGCCCUGAUCGACCCCACCAGGAACCACCGCGCCUACCGCAUCGCCGUGGGACGGCUGUCGCCGCCCAUCAUCCCCUUCAUGCCGCUGCUCAUCAAAGACAUGACCUUCACCCACGAGGGCAACAAAACGUUCUCGGACGGCAAGCUGGUCAACUUCGAGAAGAUGCACAUGCUGGCGCAGACCAUGCGCAGCAUCAGGAACUGCCGGUCCAGGCAUCUCGUGCUGGAGCCGUUUUCCCCCAAAGGCGAGCAGGACAUCAAGGAGUACAUCGCCUCCCUGCGAGUCAUCGACAACACCAGGACGCUGACCAGCCUGUCUCAGAAGCUAGAACCCCGCCGCUGAAGUGCAGGGGGUAGUGGUGCGGGGCUGAUGCCCAUAUUCUAGUCAAAGCGGCGCCAAAGCAAAGCCAGGACGGUGCAAGAGCAGUCGGGAAGAGUAGUCUCAUCUUCAUCUCAUCCCAUCAUCAGAAUCUCAUCAUCCGCACCUUCAUCAUGGUCUUCAUGUUCAUGUUCAUUGUAGCCUCCCUCUGGGAGUCAAAGGGAAAGCCCGGGCCUGGUCCAGGCAGGCCACAUUUGUGAUUUUUAGUGAGGUACUUACUUUAUAUGUUGUAAAUAUAAUAGGAGGAGAAAGCAGGAACUCAGUUUGUUGACAGGGACUCAAGGCUCGCUCCUAAUUAAAUGUGUGAGCUGACAUAAAAUUUGAACAUUGCUAAUUUGCAUUCCGGUCAGAGACGUUAGUGGGUGGGUGUAGCUUCCUAAGAAAAAGCAGGUAUUGUGUACAUUGAUUGUAAUUUUAAAGUUAUAUGUAAUUCAUCAAAAAUUUGUUUCCUUUUAUUGUUUUUCUUUGUGUUUUAGGUAUCUUGACCAACAAAAUUUAAAUCAAAAUAAUGUCAUUUGUAUCAUUUGUAUACAUUUUUAUAGAUUUUUAUGUGAUUGGGUCACAAAAAUAUUUAAUAUGGCAAAGGCAAUGUUUAAUUAAGAGCUUAGUGAUGUUCUUGUGGCAAAGAUUAUUUAUAAUCAUGGAGCUCAAAACUUUUAUCCCCAGCAGGUCUAGCAAUUGCUGUGUUACCAAACAGGUCCGGAUAUUAUUUUGCCAUAGCCAUAUUAGUCGUUGUAUACUUUCUUGUGAGCUACCAAGGUAAUUUUACAAUUGAUGUAAGUUUUGUAUGCAAAGCAUGUGUGUAUAUGUUAAUUCUUCAAACUUAUACCCACAAAUUUUGUGAAUGAAUUUGAUUCCCUCUCGCUCCAUUUUUAUUACUUCACUUCACGCACAAAGCUCCUAUUUCUUACCUCUUUACUUGAUUAUAGACUGACAUUCACUAUGAUUUCUCUUUACCUUUUCUGUCAUUGUUUUUCACUCUUUCACUUUUCAGCACAUUGAAUAUAAUUAUGAGGUUCUCCUAUCAUGUUCAAGUUUAUAUGGUUAAAACAGUUAUGAAUUUUAGAAGUGAUUCGAUUCAUAUUAGCAGCUCACAAAACCUAUUUGUGUACUCAGUACACUCUUUGAGUCACAUGCUCAUUACAACCAUUUGCUUGUGGGUACUUGAAUGAGCAUACGCCUCAAAGUGUGUACUCAUGAGUGCCGUACUUGGAGGCUUGUCCCUAUGCCUGGCAUGGCUAUGCCAAGCACGCGCCUCCAAGUGUGCACUCAGUGAGUACACACUUGGAGGCGCGUGCUCAUUCAAGUACCCACUUUGAGGCGCGUCAUUGGGCAAGGACACGCCUCGAAGCCGAAACGUACGCUUGUAAGCACGGGACUCGAGGAGUGAACUGAGCACACACAUAGAUUUUGGGUGAACUUUUUCUCGGAUUGUAUGAUGUACAGGGUGCCUACGUUAUUUGUAUUCCAUCAUUAAAUUAAGAAACACAAUAAUGAGUUGAACGCUGAAAAUGACAAUCAAAUUAUUUGGAAAAAAUGUCUAUUGCUCUAAGGGUAACAUUAAGGUUUCAGAAUAAAGCUGGGCUGACAAAUGUUCAAGGUUGGGGAAUGUGAAAAAAAGCGUAAAGAAAAAGUCAUUAAGUUUGUGUUAAAUUUGAAGUUCUCGCUAACUUUACCUUUUAGGACAAUAGACCCAAGCUAAUGAUGCUGUGGGACUUUGAAAAAUCUGAAAAGGAGAUGUUAACUUUUUUCCACUUCUACCUUUGGCUUUGAGGAUUUAUCUCAAAGAAAUUUUCACUGUAGACCUUAGUCACUUUUCCUAUCUUCCUCUGUGCUUCCCAGCAUAGCACUGCUGUGAUCUAUGUAUCUUAUCUUAUCUCUGUACAAUCAACCUAUCUGUGAUGCGUGUUAAUCUUAAAUUCCAUCUUCUUUCUUUAAAAAGUAUACGGUACAUAUAAAUAUAUUUAUUAUAGUUGUAUUGUUGUCAGAACUUUUUCAACGUCUAUGGUGGACUAUGCUCACUUUGUUUAGUUCAAGCUGAUCCUCUUUGUCUGUAAACAGAUCCAGUUGUUAGAAAGGAACGUCUUGGUAUGUACCAAAAAAAAGUGUCCAAGUUGUUGGUCAAGAGAACUGAUAAUAGAAUUUCUUCGUACAUUAUAAGUUUGUAAUGAAACCAAAAUUAAUUGACUGGAUUUGGAAAAAAAUAGCUAUGUGUACAAAAAAGUUAUAUUUCAAGCAAAAAAAAAGUGACUAAUAAAUAAGUUUUGAAUGGGAAAGAUUUACAAACAAA